UCGCGCGAAGCUUUUAGCUCACAAAUUUCUUCGCCUUCCAUAAAUCACUCCUGAUCAUUUUUCUUCGAGCAGACAUCAGUCAUCGCUUCGUUCCAUGCCGAAGCAAGCCAGCCAGGAAUCAAGCUGAAUGGAUUGAGUGGAAUUAGUCACACCUUGGUAAGCUUGGGAUUUAACCAACUGACCGCGGUCAGAUUUUGUCCAAUAUUUCGACACCUGCGACUGGAUUUUUUUAGAGGACCAAUUUUCUUUUCUCAGAGCACGCCACGAAACUCGACCAGAAAUAUCAUCCAUCAAUUCAUUCGAGUGGAUCGUAUAGAAAUAUAUUAAUCCCAUUACAAAAAGUACACACAUUUUGUUUGCAGCCGAAUUUCCAUUGGCAAAUAUGCAAUUCCAAGACCGUGUGGAACUAAACUGAAAACAAUAUUGUCAAAGGAAAUAGUUUUGUAUGACAGUUUCACGCUUCACUUCUUCAGCUUAGGCCAGUUUAAGGUUAGCUUGGAUAUCGACGGGUUGCUGUCGCGAUUGGACGCCAGUACCUCGGGCGGAAGGUGGCAGAAACAAAGCGGUGUUCUCCGCAGACGUGGAGUUUGUGCUUGUGGUUCCUAUUUACAUUUAAACGGAAAUAUCACAGUGACCAGUUUGGAAAUCUUACAAGUUGCUGAAAACGAGGAAUAUUUCCGGUGUAUACCGCAAUCUUCUAACGGAAGGAAUAUAUUUGGACACCAGGCGAGAGGUUUAUAUACCUGGAUAGAUCAUCAUGACGUCACCAACUAACACAUUCUGUAUACUUUGUAUCACGUUUCUCUUCGCAACAUUCCACUCUGCAACCCCGACCAGUACACCUGCGGCUGCCCUAACGACAUGUGCGAGCCAUCCGUGUGAAAAUGGAGGUACUUGUAUUGAAUACACCGCUGCAUUCCAAUGUAGAUGUACCAACGACUUUACAGGACUUCGGUGUGAAGUACCGGUCUCGAGUACAGCAUCGCUAUGCGAUGACAACCCAUGCGCUCAUGGCGCCUGUGUGAGUUCAGCUUCCGAUCGUUUCACCUGCAUGUGCCCUGGAGAAUGGAGGGGAACGGCGUGUGAGAUAGACGUGAACGAGUGCAUCGGAGAGAGGGGUCCGAACCCCUGCACCGCCAACGGAACAGUCUGUGUCAACGAGGAUGGGGGAUACCGGUGUGAAGCUCCAUGCGCCAGCCCUAGCCCCUGUCACAAUGGAGGUACAUGCUCGACGAAAAAUAAAGAACCCUACUACACAUGCGAGUGCCCGCCGAACUACGAAGGAGAUACUUGUGAUGUUGUAGUUGAAAGAGACGAUCCAUGCCGAUCGGUUGCGAACAUGUGUCUGAAUGGAGGCACGUGCUUUUCGUUCGGAGGGGCAGCUCUCUGCUAUUGCUUGCCUGGAUUCCAAGGCCAGCACUGUGAGAUCGACACAGAUGUAUGUCAGACCAUUACGUGCCAAAAUGGCGGCACUUGUGAGAAGUCACGUGAUCAAACAGCAUCAUGCAUAUGUCCGCCCUUAUAUAGCGGUUUGCAAUGUGACAUAUCGUUGUUAACUAUUUGUGAUAGUUCGCCUUGUAAUACAUCUGCUACUUGUAUUGAAGAUUUAACACUGGAUGCUGGUUUCUUAUGCAUGCCGCCGUGUGUGAAAGACCCUUGUCAGCAUGGAGGGACCUGCACGAACAACCAGAGCGCCCCUCUCGGUUUUUACUGUGAAUGCGCUGAAGACUACCAGGGUCUUCUGUGCGAAAAUAUGAUACCUCCAUGUUCCAAGGAACCCUGUCUCAAUGGUGGUACAUGCCAACCUGAUGAAACAGCACCUACGGGUUACCAAUGCCUAUGCGAUCGAGGCUUUGAAGGACCAAUCUGUGAAGUAGCUAUAAUCUCACCAUGCACCAGCAACCCCUGUGAGAAUGGAGGCACAUGUGAGGCUGUAGGUGGCGCUCUUACAGAAUUUAGUUGCAUCUGCCAGCAAGGUUAUAGAGGAACGCAGUGUGAAAUAAUUCUUCAUGCAGUCUGUACUUUCCAAGGUGUUACAUUUCAAGAAGGCAGCGAAAGAAAAGAGGAUUGCAAUAUGUGCCAUUGCCAACAAGGGUCAUGGCACUGCACAGAUAAAUUUUGUGGUGAAUUCAUGGUAUCGUUUGCCUUUCUCGAUACUAAUUCAAAUGAAAAUGAUGAUGAUGAUGAAGAAUUUUCAAAUACACUCAAAGAAGACAUCGCUGAUUACUUUGCCAUCAAUGCUAACAUGAUACAAGUACUUACAGUAUCUGGUAGUCCAGCCGAGGUACAAUUCCAGUUACAAGAUACAAUUGACUCUGAGGUUGAUAUAGAAAAUGUUGCUGCAGAUAUGCUAAGACAGUUUGUGACAGGCACAUAUGCAUUCCACUACAACCAAGCCUCGUAUUCCAUCAACUCUCGGACCGUGGUCAUCGAACGUCGGGACAUCGACAACGAAGCCAACAAUAUCACUCAUAACGAUGACGGGCAACGGUUCAUCAGUACGACGUUGCUCAUUGUGUGCGUUGUCGUGAGCACGAUACUGGUCUCUGGGGUUCUCUUCGGCAUCGCAAUAAUAGUGGUCUACAAAAGGAGAUCGAGGAAAGAACAGAUCUACUGCAGAAAAGACAAGAAUACAAAUGCGUCAAACAACGUAGCAGGAGGUGCAAUAAAAUACCAUAAGAACGUGUAUAACCCCGUCCCUCCCUGCUCACCAGGACGCGGCGAUGUACCGCUAGAAGUCGCCGAAAUCAGAUUGCAAAAUGGCGCCGGAAAACCCGACGUGAAUAUCAACAUGGAGGCCCGAGUGUAGAACACGGAGGACCAAAAGGUCUUCAUGAUCAUGACCGUUCCUGGACUACCUCUUAUAGAGACAAUUGGGUCUAGUCCAAGGAACUUGAUUAGGAACAAUUUGUAUUCGCGAAUCUCUUGCCCUAGCUGCACAUAAUGGACCUAAACGCUGCAGUUUAUCUCAUUUGAAGGACGUUGUUUUGUUUUUCUCUCGUGGACAUAGAAGA